AUGGCAGCGGCGCGGCGGGUGGUGUCGCGUUUGCGCGUCAUUCCGAUGCUGAUGCCCUCAAACACCACCGUUACACCCUCAUCUUCUAGCUGUAACACCAGAUAUUUGAGGUUUAGUUCAUCAUCAUCACCUUCUUCAGAAACAACAUUCCUAGGGUGGAACAAAAGAGUGAACAAAUUGCCCAACAUUGUAAAAGCCGGAGAACCAGUUCUACACGAGCCUGCACGUGAGGUUGAUCCAAAUGAGAUUAAAUCAGAUAAAAUUCAGAAUAUAAUCGAUGACAUGAUUCGUGUCAUGAGAAAAGCCCCUGGAGUUGGUCUUGCUGCUCCACAAAUUGGUAUCCCCUUAAGGAUAAUUGUUUUGGAAGAUAAAGAAGAAUAUAUUAGUUAUAACACAGAGGAGGAGACCAAAUUACAAGAUAGAAGACCUUUUGAUCUUUUGGUGAUUCUGAACCCCAAGCUAAAGAACAAGAGCAAUAGGACUGCCUUCUUUUUUGAAGGCUGCUUGAGUGUUGAUCGAUAUCAAGCUUUGGUAGAGCGGUAUCUUGAUGUUGAGGUUGUUGGUUUUGAUCAUUAUGGCAAGCCAAUCAAAAUAAAGGCUUCUGGAUGGCAGGCUCGGAUUUUACAGCAUGAGUGUGAUCACUUGGAUGGAACACUAUAUGUUGAUAAGAUGGUACCUAAAACUUUCAGAAAUUGGAAAAACGUGGAUCUGCCUCUUGCCCAAGGGUGUCCCAAACUCGGCCCCCGAGUUUAA